AUGGAUAAGAGGAUAUAUAUUCUGUGGUGUCCAAAAGGAAAGAAUGGUAGAAAGACGACAUCGACAUGUAUGUGUUAUCUCCAAUUCGAUCUCUCCUAUAUUCACCAUUACCAAAACCUUACCCCUCUCAAACCUCCUAGAUGGUCAGAUUGUGUCCCUCUUUUCAUGAAGGCAAAAUGCAACCACUAUCUCGUCAAUUCAGCUAUCAAAUUUCACCAAUUGGGCAUCGACCCAUCAAUCCCGACCCACGGGUCCAUCCAUAAUCCCAAACGGGUCUCACAUCGUUACACUUCAAACGCAUCUCUCAAGGCAGGGGUACUUUCGUCAAACAACGAUACUCCAACUACCCCACGUUGUGUUGUUUUGGACAUUGAGGGGACAACUACACCUAUUUCGUUUGUUACAGAUGUUCUUUUUCCAUAUGCACGUGAUAAUGUUCGCAUGCAUUUGGAGGCGACUUAUGAUAGUGAUGAUACUAAAGAAGAUAUUAAAUUGUUACGCUCUCAAGUACAGGAUGAUUUGCAAAAUGGAGUUAGUGGUGCAGUUCCUAUUCCAUCUGAUGAUGCGGAAAAAGAGGAGGUGAUAAGUGCAUUGGUUGCUAAUGUUGAAGGAAUGAUAAAAGCCGAUAGAAAGAUUACUUCUUUAAAACAAUUACAAGGCCACAUUUGGCAUACCGGUUUUAAAAAAAAUGAACUAGAAGGAGUUGUUUAUGAUGAUGUUCCUCAAGCUCUAGAAAGAUGGCACGCUUCUGGUUUAAAGGUGUAUAUUUAUUCGAGUGGUAGCAGACUAGCACAACGGUUGUUGUUUGGAUAUACGAAUUAUGGUGACUUGAGAAAAUAUUUAUGUGGAUUUUUUGACACCACAAUCGGGAACAAGAAAGAGACAAAAAGUUACAUCGAAAUCUCUGAGAGCCUUGGAGUUGACGAGCCGUCAGACGUUUUAUUUGUGACGGAUGUUUAUCAAGAAGCUGUAGCAGCAAAAGCAGCUGGUUUGGAGGUGAUGAUUUCUGUUAGGCCGGGGAACGGACCGCUUCCCGAGAACCAUGGAUUUAUGUUGAUAAAGUCAUUUACGGAAAUACCCUUUUGAAGGUUCUUUUUGUAGCAUGUGGCGUGUAAGGUAAGAUGUAAACCAUGAGCAACUUAUGAUUGUGUUAAAUUUCUCAAGAAUAUAUUUAAGCUGAAAAACACGGAUUCUAUUAACAUUUGAAUUUUUAACUUUUGGUCCUUGAAAAUAUAUUUUUUGAAUGCUAUUUGUAAUUUGUCCCUUAUCGAUUUUUGCUUCACAAGAGGGGAUCCAAUAAAAGAUUUUUUUUUUUUUAAAAAAAAAAAUCACUAGCAAGAUGCUAGAGAAAAGAACAUUAUAAACAUUUUACAACUAAAGUUAGAUUUUGUAAUCAACCAAUUCAAUUAACGUCACAUU